CCGGGGUUCCCGUCUUUGACGAGCUCUUCAAGCACCUGCGCGCGUCUGGCGGAAUACCUCUCCAGGAUUUCGCGUCGCUGGGUCUCUUUCUGCUUCUUCUCUUCCUCGAGCUCGGCUUUCCAUUUCGCCUUCAGUUUGCCGAGAACGGUCUUGGGCUGCGGUCCAGGCGAUGCGUACGCAGGCGCCAGCGCUGCCUCUUCAGCGUCGUAUCGAGGAUGUUGCCACACCGAACGAGGGGGGCUGCUGUUCAUGUCCACCUGGGCGCGUCAGUAUUCCAGCUGCCCGAGCUUGAAUGGAAUGGCAAGUACAUAGUAAGGGUGUUUUGUGCUUUAACUCUUGAGUGAACGUGCUGGGUGUGUGCGGUUUGAACGCUCACUGCUCGUCUAAGUGACAGAACCACCCUGGAGGGAGGGGCGUCGCCGCGUCUUCUAGAGAUCUGCGGCGGUCCUCGUCUUGUGAAUACAAGGGCAGCGUCUCAUGAGAGGAAGUGGGUUGGAGCGAAGGGCCGGCGGGAAUGGAGGUUGGAUUCUCCUCAGGACGAGGCUGGAUAGCAGACAUGGUGAGUAAAGCCAGGCUCUCUGAGUCUGAGUCACAAAUACUAAUCAGACAUACUCGCUAAUUAUGCUCACAUCUAAUCUGAUAAGCGCGCGUCAAGCUACAUGGGUAUAAGAUCUAGCUCCUCUAAAGUGAUUGAACAUGACAUCACGGAAACCAUCCAGACAGGCUCGCAAUUCCGACGGUGCUGGUCACGGAUCAGUACAGCUAUGUCACGCGAAUAAAACAACCUUGACGACGAACAAUAACUGGAGGGCUCGGCCUUGUACUUUUGGACGAGUUCUCCCAGCGCCUCCAGCCCUGCCACGGGGAUCGGUCAGUAAAGCUCAGAUAGGCAACGACUUUUGGAGAACCAUCGUGGAUUCCCUUGUGGGAAUCAAUGUGGGCAUGUUCCGUUUCUGUCGAGAACUGCGUGUGCGUAUGAGCGCUUGGCGACCUGGAACUUCGGUUAUCCCGGGAGUGCCCACCUGCGGCAUCUUCGUGGCCAGGAUGGGGAAGAUGUGUGCUUCCUCAAUCGUGUGGUGCAUCGUCAAGUCUGGAGCACGGGUCAGAGCAGUGACCUCGGGGAUGGGAUCUGGGCACUUGCGAUGGUUCAAACGCGUAGCCAUCUGCAGGAAGAGGCUCAGACUGAGGCCGCGUUGUGUGAAGGAUCCAUCUGCGAGCUCGUAUAUCGUAUUGACUGCCGUUGUGUGAGAGACGCCCAGAACCAGCGCAGGGGUAGAGAAUCAUCUCAUGGGCAUACAUUCUUGCUUGAAA